ACGCAGGUGUUCUUCUUCUUCUUAAGAGGCCGAGCAAACCCUUCCUUUAAAUCAGAUAUUUGGAUCGGCUUCUCUGUGUUGUUUCAAUGGAUGCUAAGAUGGGACAAUUGUUCGAAUCCGUUGGUUCCUUCUUCAGCGGUGGCGAUAAGAUCCCCUGGUGCGAGUGCGAUGUCAUCGUCGGGUGUGAAAGAGAGGUCCAAGAGGCCACGGAUGGUGGCUCCGAAGAACUUAAGAAGGAGACCAUAAUGCGAUUAUCAUGGGCGCUUGUUCAUUCUCGUCAACCGGAAGAUGUGCAACGUGGAAUCGCCAUGCUUGAAGCAUGUCUGGCAAAUAGUAGCCCUCCUUUGCAGGACCGAGAGAAGCUUUAUCUUCUUGCCGUUGGAUACUAUCGAACCGGUGAUUAUCCAAAGAGCCGUCAGCUCGUGGAGCACUGUCUCGAGAUUCAACCUGAUUGGAGGCAAGCAUUGGUCCUGAAGAAGACUGUUGAGGACAAAAUCGCAAAGGAUGGUGUAAUUGGGAUAGGGAUCACGGCUACAGCCGUAGGCCUCAUAGCUGGUGGAAUUGCUGCAGCUUUGGCCCGCAAGAAAUGACCACCUAUGGACGCGAUGUGCAUAUGAAUAAUGUGUAUCUAUAAGUUUUCUUCCCUUUGGUGAGUGUUUUGUGUAUUCAUGAUCUCUAUUUUAACAGACUAACCAAAUUUCUCUCGCAAAAGGAUAACAUGUGUCCAAAAUGUGUGUGGGCGAGAUGAGGAUGUUGCGAUGGAUGUGCGGACAUACACGGAUGGACAGAAUCCGGAAUGAAAGUAUUAGAGAGAAAUUAGGAGUCGUAACCAUAGAAGAGAAAUUACGGGAAGGGCGCAUAAGGUGGUUUGGAUAUAUAAAACAUAUACCGUUCGACGCUCCGGUUAGAAAAUUAGAGAGUAUAAAGAUAUCUCGUGAAGAAACGAAGAAGGGGUAGGUUUGGAAACGAGUCAUUAGGAAUGAUUUGGAUGUGUUGUAAAUUUCGGAGGAUACGAUUCAAAACCGAAAUGAGUGGAAAAGAAGAUCAUUCUUCCCAAUUACAUGCUCCUUCAACCCUCGGAUUCUAAUGCAUCAAGUAAAUCGUUUCUUUUGCUGGUUUAGAUGGGGCAUUUAAUCGGCCACAUGCAUGCCUGCGUAGUAGUCAUGGUUGAAGGCACGCUUCCGAUCUUCAAAUAUAUUUCUGCAAUUAUUGUGGAUUUAUCGUUGAACUUUAUUUAUAUCUGCAUUUUAUAGCUAACCAUCUUUCACAUUAUACAACGUUUUGGCGAUAAAAGAUGGGCGGUUCAUCGUCCAAGUCGAAGAACACUUCUCGUGGCCGGAAAACGGCCAGAAGAUUGACAAGACAUGGCAGUGACAGUAGCUCGGCUGAUUCGCACAGCUAUCACCAUUCUUCACGGUUCUUUCAUUCUCGUUAACCAUAAUUGUUUUGCACCAAAUACUCAAAUACCAUACCACUAUUCCAUAUAUACAUAUAUAUAUAUAUAUAUACACCUUGUGUUCUAUUAAAUAGAAUUAAAGAAGAGUUUUGUUCACAGGCGAGGACAUCAUAGCUACUCCAAGUCGAAGAAACCCACUGGUAAAAGCAAGGCGAAAGCGACGAAAUCAAAGAGACGAGGGAAAAAGAUACAAACUUCAGACUCUCGCCACUUUUCGGUAAAGAGAAUUCUUAGUCAUGGAGGAAGCAAAUCUUGGAAGGGGAUGUCGGGAAAGCUGAAGGGAAAGAGAAAGAUUGAUUCGUAUUCAGAUUCAGAUUCGACAUCUUCGAUGGGUCACCAUCAUGACACUUCCCAUUGUAUGCACUCGCCACCGUCGUCAUCGUCAUCGUCAUCACCUCCUUAUCCCGACUUAUGUGGCCAUCGGUAUUCUAACACCCAUUGCUUACAUGAUUAAUUAGACGAAAAUGUCAUAACUCGGAUUAUCUUCCUCGUCGGUGAUUGUUAUAGUCUUUGCCGAUCUUCUUCUUCUUCAUCGCUGCACAGUUAUAAAUGUUGUGAAAAAUUAUUCUAAGAAUCUCAAAUGUUCUGUAACCUUUGUGGUGAAUGCAAACAUUACAGAGCAGAGUUUUCAAUC